AUGGGUGAAUACUCGAAAGCACUUUCAUCUUACGAAAAAGCCCUUGAAAUUCGACAACAAUCACUUCCUUCGAACCAUCCUGAUAUAGGCGCUUCCUACAACAACAUUGGUUUGGUGUAUGAGAACAUGGGUGAAUAUUCGAAAGCAAUUUCAUCUCACGAAAAAGCCCUUGAAAUUAAACAAGAAUCACUUCUUCCAAAUCAUCCUGAUGUAGGCGCUUCCUACAACAACAUCGGUGAAGUGUAUAACAAGAUGGGUGAAUACUCGAAAGCACUUUCAUCUCACGAAAAAGCCCUUGAAAUUCGACAACAAUCACUUCCUCCGAACCAUCCUGAUAUAGGCGCUUCCUACAACAACAUUGGUGUGGUGUAUGAGAACAUGGGUGAAUACUCGAAAGCAUUUUCAUCUUACGAAAAAGCCCUUGAAAUUAAACAACAAUCACUUCCUCCGAAUCAUCCUGAUGUAGGCGCUUCCUACAACAAUAUCGGUGAAGUGUAUAACAAGAUGGGUGAAUACUCGAAAGCACUUUCAUCUCACGAAAAAGCCCUUGAAAUUCGCCAACAAUCACUUCCUCCGAAUCAUUUCGAUGUAGGCGCUUCCUACAACAACAUUGGUUUGGUGUAUGAGAACAUGGGUGAAUAUUCGAAGGCUCUUUCAUCUCACGAAAAAGCACUUGAAAUUAAACAACAAUCACUUGUUUCGAAUCAUCCUGAUGUAGGCGUUUCCUACAACAACAUCGGUAGUUCUUAUGCGCAGAUGAAAGAAUACGCAAAAGCUGUCCCAUAUUUCGAAAAGGCUCUUGAAAUUCAACAGGAAACACUUCCUCCGAAUCAUCUUCAUUUGGCUUAUUCCUACAACAACAUCGCUUUGGUGUAUGAGAAUAUGGGCGAAUACUCGAAGGCACUUUCGUCUCACGAAAAAGCCCUUGGAAUUCAACAAGAAACACUUCCUUCGAACCAUCCUGGUUUGGCUAUGUCCUACAACAAUAUCGGUGGGGUGUAUCGCAACAUGGGUGAAUAUUCGAAAGCACUUUCAUUUCAUGAAAAAGCCCUUGAAAUUCGCCAACAAUCACUUCGUCCGAAUCAUCCUGAUGUAGGCGCUUCCCACUUCAAUAUUGGUUUGGUGUAUGAGAACAUGCGCGAAUACACGAAAGCGCUUUCCUCUCACGAAAAAGCUCUUGCAAUUCGACAACAAUCACUUCUUCCGAAUCAUCCUCAUUUAGCUUCUUCCUACAACAACAUCGGUAGUUUUUAUGCUCGAAUGAAAGAAUACGCAAAAGCUGUCCCAUAUUUCGAAAAGGCCCUUGAAAUUCAACAGAAAACACUUCUUCCGAAUCAUCCUGAUUUGGCUAUGUCCUACAACAACAUCGGUGGAGUGUAUAACAAGAUGGGUGAAUACUCCAAAGCACUUUUGUCUUACGAAAUAGCCCUUGGAAUUGAACAGGAAACACUUCCUCAGAAUCAUCCUGGUUUGGCUAUGUCCUACAACAAUAUCGGUGGGGUGUAUCG